UCGUGAUCGAUGGAAGGAAAAAUCGAUACGAUCCUUUCAUCGAAGGUAAAAAGAAAAGGAAAAAAAAAAAAAGAAUAUGUUCGUCUUCCAGGAGGGCGCACGAUGGACGGAAAUGCGGAAAUCGCCGAGCGGAAGUCAUGGUCAAUGGAGCGGGGGUAAAGCGCCAUGGCGAAUCAAACGGCCAAUUACUAUGGGGACGUUUAUCAAUGGAAUCACACGGUGUCGUCGGGCGAGCGAGAUACGCGGACGGAAUAUUAUCUACCGAAUUGGACGGAUCUCGUUUUGGCGGGGCUGUUCACCAUGUUGAUCAUCGUCACUAUAGUGGGCAACACUUUGGUAAUUGCCGCUGUGAUAACAACUAGGCGUCUACGGUCCGUUACUAAUUGUUUCGUGUCCAGCUUGGCCGCUGCGGAUUUGCUGGUUGGUUUGGCCGUGAUGCCACCAGCAGUGCUGUUACAGCUCACAGGUGGUACCUGGGAGUUGGGCCCGAUGCUCUGCGACUCGUGGGUCUCCCUCGACAUUCUUCUCUGUACUGCCAGCAUACUAUCGUUAUGCGCCAUAUCCAUAGACAGGUAUCUAGCCGUAACUCAACCGUUGAUAUACAGCCGAAGGCGACGAAGCAAGAGAUUGGCCGGUCUAAUGAUCGUCGCAGUAUGGGUGUUAGCCGGCGCCAUCACCAGUCCACCUUUGCUAGGAUGUUUUCCACGCGCGACAAAUCGCGACAUUAAAAAAUGCUCGUACAACAUGGACUCCUCGUACGUGAUAUUUUCCGCGAUGGGUUCGUUUUUCCUACCGAUGCUGGUGAUGCUUUACGUUUACGGGAGGAUAUCUUGCGUGAUCGCCAGCCGCCAUAGAAAUCUCGAAGCGACCGAGAGUGAAAACGUUCGACCACGGCGCAAUGUCUUGAUCGAACGCGCGAAGAGCAUCAGGGCGCGAAGAACGGAAUGCGUGACCAACAGUGUGACGUGCGACAGGCCAUCCGACGAGGCAGAACCUUCCAGCACGAGCAAAAAGCCCGGAAUCGUUCGCAGCCAUCAGCAGAGUUGCAUCAACAGAGUCGCUCGAGAGACAAAAACGGCUGGCACUUUGGCGGUGGUCGUAGGUGGAUUCGUGGCCUGUUGGUUACCAUUCUUCAUCCUCUAUUUGGCCACCCCUUUCGUGCCUGUCGAACCACCCGAUAUCUUGAUGCCUGCGUUAACUUGGCUAGGGUGGAUUAAUUCAGCUAUAAAUCCAUUCAUCUACGCCUUCUAUUCGGCCGAUUUUAGACUUGCGUUCUGGCGAUUGACCUGUCGAAAAUGUUUCAAAAGUAGAACGAAUUUGGAUCCCAGCAAUCGGAAAUUACCAGCACCGGCUAAUUGGAAGAAAGACACAACGAGAACGUGAAGAUAGGGGAAGAACGAACGUUGAUACGAUCACCCCUUAGGUCGUGAUCGUAACGAGGAUCACUGUGAUUUAUUUAAUAGCGCGAUUCACAUCGAUCACAUUCACCUAAUUUAUACGAAGCGUACAUUCUCGCAUUCAAACUAAAUGAAUUUUUUCAAAUUAAAUAAUUUAAGAAACAGAUAAAUAAUAGGUGCAUGUAAAAUGCGAAUAUCUUUAUUAUUCGGGAGAUCGUACCAGGACGAACGUUGCAAAAUUGCAAAAUAAUACGUACUAUUGCGAAUAUAAUUAAUAUAGAAAUUUUUAUAUAACAGAAUCUAAUAGAAUAUAAUUUAGAGAUAGAUUAAAUGGAAAGAAUUAUUUUUUAUUUCUUUAUUCGAUUCUCCUUUUAUACAAAACAAUGAGAAAUUGCUAUUUUAAUAUUGAAACCGAAUAUAAUAAUAAUAAUCAUCGUCCGAAUGAUACAUUUAUUCGCAAAAAUUCAAGCACUUUACUCGAACAAUCGUGCAUAUACACGCACAACGACUGCACAAUGUAAAAUCGAAUAAAAAAAAAAAGGAGACAAAAGGAAUAUUUAUUUAUUUAAAUAAUGGCGACACUUGAAGUUUGUUUACAAUUGGGGUUAUAAUGGCAUACGUAAAAUAAAAUUCGUAGAAUCCAAGAAACAAUAAGUAAUAAUCGAUCGUAGGAAAUAGUCUUCCUUAUAUUACAGUAUAUCUUGUCUUGUAUUUAUCGACGCAUAGAUAUCUGUAAAUGUAGAAAGUAUGCAAGUAUACGGAUUUUAUAACGUCCCA